AAUCACAAAGCUAGUUUCCGUAAUCAUUUGCUGCUGCUGUCACUAGGAUCAGCUGAUGGUGUGUUGUGAUUGCACUUUGACAAUGACUUCUGCCCCACUCAUUCGUCAAGUGCUUAUCAACGUUAUCUGCCUUAUUAUUGUUUAUUUGCCGGUUAUUCUUUUGCAACUGCUCGGUAAACCUUUUCAAAGAGGAUUCUACUGCGAUGACACUUCCAUUCGUUAUCCUUAUAAGGAUUCGACCGUUACCAGCGCUAUGCUUUACGGUUACAGCUACGUCCUUCCCAUCGUAUCGAUAAUCAUAGUGGAGAUUGUUCGGUGGAAACUCAGCUCACCGUCGCAAAACCUAAGCUCCCGUAAUACCUCUUCUACGAUAAAUAGUUCAUCGAGAAUCCGCAUUCCGUCGGAGGUCGUUGAGGUUAUCCACCUGAUUGCCAUCUUCCUCUUUGGUGCGGCUUGCACAGAGUGGGCCACGGAUUUCGGCAAAUAUUUCAUCGGCCGUCUUCGUCCUCACUUUCUUUCCAUCUGUCAACCUGACAAUUUCUUGGAGAUAUGUCCGCCGAAUGGGCUGCCCAUUUACAUCACACAAUUUAAAUGCACCGGCAAAAAUGGGCAAAGAUUACAAGAUUCUAGAAUGUCGUUCCCCUCUGGUCACGCUUCCUUUUCUUCCUACGCGAUGUUGUAUCUGGUGCUAUAUCUCCAGAGCAGGAUGAACUGGUCUGGCUCCAAAUUACUUCGACCAACAAUUCAGAUUGCAGCACUGAUGCUUACGUGGUACACAGGCCUUUCACGAAUUACUGACUACAAACACCACUGGAGUGAUGUGUUAACGGGAUUCCUCAUCGGCAGCACAGCUGCGUCGUUGACGGUGCUGUACGUAUCCAGUUUCUUCAAUAGGCCUCGCUCUAGCAGCAACAUGGCCCUGCUUCAGGAACGGGGAGAUGUCGAACUGCAAACCGCAGCUUCAGCGAACAAAUGAUUAUUGCUGCUAAUAACUUCAGGAUUGAUUGAUUUAAAAAAAAUGCAUAACAAGAAGCACACGGGAAUCUUCUGUACGACAUCUAUUACCCAGUGAAUUAUAUCUGACUGAAUUUUAUAUAAAUAUGUAAAUAUCAGCAUUCAUGAAAUCAUUGGAAGAGUAUGGCAACUUCGCUUUUUCGUUAUGCUCAUUG